AUGAGCCUGCCGAGAGGUCACACAGCCAGGACAGCCUGUAUCCUGGCGGCUGCGGCACUCACUUCCCCGGUGUCCUGUCCCCUGCCCCCACCCUUUCCCCGGUCUUUUCCAGAUGCUGGCUACGAGUUCGACAUCUGCUUCACCUCGGUACAGAAACGGGCCAUCCGUACCCUCUGGACCGUCCUGGAUGCCAUCGAUCAGAUGUGGUUACCCGUUAUCCGAACCUGGCGCCUGAACGAGAGGCACUAUGGGGCUCUCACUGGUUUGAACAAGGCUGAGACGGCGGCGAAGCACGGCGAGGCGCAGGUGAAGAUCUGGAGGCGCUCAUACGACAUCCCUCCACCUCCCAUGCAGUCCGAUCACCCCUUCUACAGCACCAUCAGCAAGGACCGUCGCUACGCUGACCUGACAGAGGACCAGCUGCCGACGUGUGAGAGCCUGAAAGACACCAUUGCUCGGGCUUUGCCAUUCUGGAAUGAGGAAAUCGUCCCACAGAUCAAAGAGGGCAAGCGAGUCCUUAUUGCUGCCCACGGCAAUAGCCUGCGUGGGAUUGUCAAGCACCUGGAAGGCAUGUCGGAAGAGGCCAUCAUGGAGCUGAACCUGCCUACUGGCAUCCCUAUUGUCUACGAGCUGGACAAGAACCUGAAACCCAUCAAGCCCAUGCAGUUCCUGGGGGAUGAGGAGACGGUGCGCAAGGCCAUGGAGGCCGUUGCUGCUCAGGGCAAGGUCAAGAAGUGAGGGCGGGCAGCAGGCUAGCACGUAGUAAAGCCCCCCACCAUUCCCUACCCCUCUGUGCACACCCCCCACAGCCGUAGGAACUUGGAGCUGCAGAGCUGGUGCAGCUCCCCAGGAUUAGGCCCGUUCCCUCAGGACCAGGCUCCCCUCUGCAGACAGCCUGGGGGCCCGGGGGCAAGGGGCUGCGCAUGCAGAGAUCUGGUGUGAAAGGGAGCUCUGGCUCUGCCAGGCAGCAACCGCACACCUCUCCAUGCUGAGAUCCCAGCCCUCAGGCCCCGUCUGCAGGGGGAUGAGCCGAGCGAUCCCUCGCAGUGCCAGGCUCCUCCUCUGCUUUGCUUCCCCAACAGCUCUCGUCAUCCGGUUACUGUAGUUUUGUUGCUUGAUUUAGUCAUCCCGGGAGCAGUGGGGCGAGCGCAGCGCAGGCAGUGACCAAGGUGGGUACCCCAUCCCCUCGUGGGUGUGUGGCACAAGGAGCGGGAUGUGUAAACACUGAAAGAGUUGUAUUUUGGUGCAUGUGGUACAGCACUCAAGGGUGGUACUCACGACUCUGGACCUAGCUCUGCCAGCCCCUGCUUUAAAUUAUUGCCUUUGGACAAGGGCGAGGGAGGGAGCGGGGUGCUUAGAGGUUUGUGUCUGCCACACACUUCCCCCAGCCAAAGCCCAUCCUAGUCCUGCUGGUGAAGCAGGUGCCGUUGUGCCCCAUCCUGUGUGUGUGUAUGUGGCCCUGUCGCUGUGGCCUCCCCCUCUGCUGGCACCACGAGCCUGGGCUUGCACGGGGUCAGUGUAACUGUCCAACCAUAGCAGCUGUCUUGUUCC